CCCUUUGACCCCUUGUAUGGUUAUGGCGUGCCACAGGGGAUUAGUAGUUGUUUCCAGAAUAAAUAUGGAGCCAGUGUGGCCCUGUCUUUGGGGAUAUAUAAGUAACAGCUUUCAUCUCCUCAUUCCUCUCUUCUCUUCUGUAUCAAUAUACAAACCUUUCUCAUAUAGAACAGUCGUUCAUAUAGACCAUCACCAGCAUCAUCAUGACCAAGUUGUUCUCCCCCAUCCAGGUCGGCCGCAUGCCCCUGGCCCAUCGUCUCGCCAUGGCUCCCAUGACCCGAUUCCGGGUCGACGACAACCACGUCCCCCUUGACCUUGUGACGCAGCACUACGAGCAGCGUGCUGCUGUCCCCGGAACCCUCUUGAUCACCGAAGCCACCAUCAUUGCACCCAAUGCUGGCGGAUUCCCUAAUGUUCCCGGCAUCUGGAACGAUGCGCAGAUUGCGCAGUGGCGCAAGGUGACCGACGCCGUUCACAAGAAGGGCUCGUACAUCUACAUGCAGCUCUGGGCCCUGGGUCGCGUCGCCAACCCGCAAUUCCUGAAGGCCAACGGCAAUUAUGACGUCGUGUCUAGUAGCCCUGUUGCUCUCGACGAUGGCCCCGUUCCUCGCGAAUUGACCGAGGCGGAGAUCCACCAGUACAUUGCCGACUAUGCGCAGGCAGCGAAGAAUGCCAUUGCCGCUGGAUUUGACGGUGUCGAGAUUCACGGUGCCAACGGGUACUUUAUUGAUCAGUUUAUCCAGGACACCGUUAACAAGCGUACCGAUGCCUGGGGUGGAAGCGUUGAGAACCGUUCCAGAUUCGCUCUUGAGGUUAUCCGUGCUGUGUCUGAUGCUAUUGGCGCGGACCGCACUGCUAUCCGCUACAGCCCUUUCAGUACUUUCCAGGGUAUGCGCAUGGAUGAUCGCAUUGCUCAGUUCACACACCUGGCUGAGAAGACCGCCGAGUUCAAGCUGGCCUUUGUGCAUCUUGUCGAGCCACGCAUCGCCGGAAAUGCUGAGAGGCUGGCUUCGGAGGACGAUUCUCUGGAUUUCUUUGUUAAGGCGUACCGCGACGCUAGCCCUCUCGUUGUUGCCGGUGGCUACAAGGCUGAUUCGGCAAAGGAGGCGGUUGAUGUGCAGUACAAGGACCACGAGGUCCUUGUUGGAAUUGGCCGCCCCUGGACGGCGAACCCCGACCUGCCGUUCAUGAUCCAGAACAAUGUUCCUCUCCGCCCUUACCAGAGAGAGGUCUUCUACUUGCCCAAGGACCCCAAGGGUUACGUUGAUUAUGACUUCAGCGAAGAGUUCAAGGCCAUCAAGGUUGCUGCUUGAUCGCGUCUGAGAUUGUGAUUCAAACUUUUGUGGCAUGAUCGUUGAGCGCUUGCAUAUAGUAUAUUGAUUUCAUUUGUAUAUAUCAUAAUAGACAUGAC